UCGCCGCCGGCGGAGGAAGAAGGAGAGAGAAGAGAAAGAGCGCAGCGGCGCAUUGAGCCCCUGAACGGGUCCGCUGAAGGCUGGGGAUGAUCACACGCGGGAAGGAUGAGCCACUGACCGAGUCGUCGAACACGGUUGGCAUCUUGUAAGCGCAGUUGAAAGUGGUGAGGAACCGUCAAAAUGCCCCCGCCCACGUCCUACCCGUCCUGCUUCUGUCUUUGCUUGUGCGCCGCUUCGCUUGUGCUCCUGUCCUGCGCCGGAUGCGUCCGUGCCCAUUCACCUGAGAAGAACUGCUCCGCCGGGGGGGACCCGUGUCAGGAUGGCGUGCUGCUGCCUGUGUGGAACCCCCAAAACCCAUCGGUGGGUGACAAAGUGGCUCGGGCGAUUGUGUACUUCGUAGCGCUCGUCUACAUGUUCCUGGGCAUGAGCAUCAUUGCGGACCGAUUCAUGUCCUCCAUAGAAGUUAUAACAUCACAGGAAAAGGAAAUAACCAUCAAGAAGCCCAACGGCGAGACCACCACUGCCACAGUCAGGAUUUGGAACGAGACAGUUUCCAAUCUCACCCUCAUGGCCUUAGGCUCCAGCGCCCCUGAGAUCUUGCUGUCUGUCAUCGAGGUGUGCGGUCACAACUUCUCUGCGGGUGCUCUGGGCCCGAGCACCAUCGUGGGCAGCGCCGCCUUCAACAUGUUCGUCAUCAUCGCGUUGUGCGUCUACGUGGUGCCCGACGGCGAGACGCGCAGGAUCAAGCACCUGCGCGUAUUUUUCGUCACGGCCGCCUGGAGCAUCUUCGCCUACAUUUGGUUGUACCUCAUCCUCAGCGUCUUCUCUCCCGGCGAGGUGGAGAUAUGGGAGGCGGUGCUGACCUUCCUUUUCUUCCCGCUAUGCGUGGUCCAAGCCUGGGUGGCUGACCGUCGCCUCCUCUUGUACAAGUACACCCGCAAGCGUUACCGCGCUGACAAGCACCGAGGCGUCAUUAUCGAGACGGAAGCGGGGCCGGACGUGGGCGGGACGCUUGGCCAGGGCGGCUUUACCAAAAUGGACAUGCUGGAGCUGGACGGUCAGAUGGCGCUCAACUGCCACGGCGCCCUGGACGGCGGACUGAUGGAAGAAGGCGUGGCCAAGGACGAGGAGGACGAGGCCCGGCGGGACAUGGCCAGAACGCUGAAAGAGCUCAAGCAGCGGCACCCCGAUAAAGACAUGGAGCAGCUCAUUGAGAUGGCCAACUAUCAGGUUCUGAUGCAGCAGCAGAAGAGCCGAGCGUUCUACCGUAUCCAAGCCACUCGAAUGAUGAUCGGAGCCGGAAACAUCCUCAAGAAGCACGCCGCCGAUCAGGCUCGCAAGGUAGUGAGCAGCCACGAGACCCAGGCCCGAGAAGAUGACCCGCACACUGUCCGGCUAGAGUUUCAGCCCGCGUUGUACCAGUGUUUUGAGAACUGCGGCUCCCUUAAGCUGACCGUCUCCAGACAUGGAGGAGACGCUGGAGUCACUGUCAAGGUGGACUACCGCACCGAGGACGGCACAGCCAACGCCGGCUCCGACUACGAGUUUGCUGAGGGAACGCUUCUGUUCAAGCCCGGCGAGACCCUCAAAGAGAUCACGGUGGGGGUGAUCGAUGACGACAUUUUCGAGGAGGACGAGUACUUCUACGUGCACCUGAGCAACCCGCGAUUGGUGGGCUACCCCGAGAUUAGCACCUCCCCCCUUGACGCCGGCUCUGCCCCCAAAGCUGUGCUGGGUGACAACCACACGGCUACAGUGACCAUUUAUGAUGACGACCACGCCGGUAUCUUCACCUUCGAGAGCAGCAGUCAGCGAGUGAGCGAGAGCGUGGGCGUAAUGGAAGUGAAGGUGCUGCGGACGUCGGGCGCUCGAGGGCUGGUGGCCGUCCCCUACCGCACGCUGGACGGCACGGCCAGGGCGGGAGAGGACUACGAGCCGGCGGCGGGCAAGUUGGAAUUUCAAAACGACGAGACCAUGAAGAUCAUCGAGGUGAGGAUCAUUGAUGACGAGGAGUACGAGAAGAACAAGAGCUUCACCGUCGAGCUGGGCGAGCCGCUUCUCUUGGAGAUCGGACAGAAGCACGGAGACUCCAAUGAGAACAAACCGGCGGAGGAGGACGAGGUGGCCAAGAUGGGCUGCCCCAGCCUGGGCGAGCACACGCAAGUGCACGUCGUCAUCGAGGAGUCCUACGAGUUUAAGAGAGCUGUGGAUGUGCUUUUGGAGAAGCGUGCCCAGAAUACAGUAGACAAGCUGAUCAAGAAGACAAAUCUUGCCUUGGUGGUGGGAAGCAGCAGCUGGAGGGAGCAGUUUGUUAGUGCGGUCACUGUCAGUGCAGGAGACGACGACGACGACGAGAGCAGCGAGGAGCGCCUGCCGUCGUGCUUCGACUACAUCAUGCACUUCCUGACCGUCUUCUGGAAGGUUCUGUUCGCCUUUGUCCCGCCCACUGAAUACUGGAACGGCUGGGCCUGCUUCAUCGUGUCCAUCUCGUUGAUUGGCGUGCUGACGGCCUUCACCGGCGACCUGGCGUCGCACUUUGGCUGCACCAUCGGCCUGAAGGACUCGGUGACGGCUGUGGUCUUCGUGGCGUUGGGCACCUCGGUGCCAGACACGUUCGCCAGCAAGGUGGCGGCCAUCCAGGACCAGUACGCCGACGCGUCCAUCGGCAACGUGACGGGCUCCAACGCCGUCAACGUCUUCCUGGGCAUCGGCGUGGCCUGGACCAUCGCCGCCGUAGCCUGGCGCGUCCGUGGCAAGACCUUCCUCGUGGACCCUGGCAACCUGGCCUUCUCCGUCACCCUCUUCACCAUCAUGGCGUCGUUGUGCGUCGCCACGCUGCUUUACCGGCGGCGUCCCACCGCGGCCGGCGGCGAGCUGGGCGGCCCGAGGACUUGCAAGUUUCUGACCUCGCUUUUCUUCGUGUCACUCUGGCUAGUUUACAUCCUGCUGGCCUCGCUGGAAGCCUACUGCCACUUGCCCACCUUGUAGACGCACAUGUGCGCGACGGGGUCCAAAUAAUCCAGCCACCACGUUUUGCUGUGGCGCAGUGCCAAGAUAGAGGAAGGAGAAGUUGCGCCCAGUAAAUUCAAGAAAAGAGGGAAAACUAAGUUGACAUGGAAAGCGGAGGCUGCGAUGAGAAUCGUUCAGUUUCUACUCCUGAAUCACGAUGGUGGGAUUUUCAAAUAGUAGACCUAAAUAAUGCCUCUACUUAAAAUGUCUUUGUAGUAAUUACGGAGUAGCGUAGAGCAGGAUAUGGCCGCCAGACCAGGAAAAAAAAAAUCUAUAUAACACAUGGCCAUUCACGCAAUCUACAACCUCACCUCAACUUAGUUUUGAAAGAAUCAAUUCACCUCCUUUUUCCAUUGUCUUGAUUGUGUUAAAUUGUAAAGGAAAGAAGGACCGGGGAAAAACUGCUACAUUUGCGUUUGCAUCUUGAAAUCAGCCAUGACGUCUCAGAGCCAGUGCUGACCUGCACUGUUUUUGUUUCCCGGCUUUGGUGUGCCGCCAGAGUGCGAGAAAGCCAAACUUCUUCUCCCUUAGCUAAUGCAUCUUAUGAUUUUCCCUGCAUUUCAUUAGGAUCUUGAUUUUGGAAGAAAACUAAAUGAGAAGAAAGCUCCUCUUUGUUUACAAUGCAGGGACUAAGGAGGAGUGAAACACCAAGUUGAGCCAACCACAGAUUUGUUGUUUUUUUUGCUCCAAGAAACCCGACUGUGCUUUUGUUUGUUCCCCACAUGCAAAAAGUGUCUGUCUUUAUCUUAGAUGGAAACCCACUCGAAGCUCCUUUUGUCUCAGUCGCUUUCCCCAUCUAGAUCUUACGGGCCUUCACUAAUUAUACAAGUAUUUUAAUGAAGGGUUUUUUGCGUCCCAAAGUGUGACGUCCCCAAGUCAACGCCAUUAUGCAUUCCUUUAUCGCUACCUGCUGGUGGAAAUGUUGCUUUCCAGUUGUCGACUACAAUUACGAUAGCUUAAGUAAACCAAUAUUAGCUACAAAGUUGCUAUAUGACGAUUUGCGAAUGAAAACAAUUUACGGUUUUAACAGUCAGUUUAGACUGUUUCUUUUCCAAGCACUUUGAGGAGAAACUUUUGUACAUACACAGCAUUGAAAAUAGUACAUAUGAACUGUGGGAAAAGAACAUCAGUCUCUGGCGCCAUCUUGUGCCCCUCAGUCGCUAAUCACGUACCGUACUUUUUUUUUUGGUACCUGGAUUGAAAAUGGAUACGUUUCAUUGAGCUGAUUUUCUUCAGUAACAAAGCGCAAGAAAGGAAUUAAAUGGAAACCAUCAAUCAUUUAAAGCAUUCCGACCUUCACUAGGUGGGAAUUAACUUAAUAUUGAUGCGCAGCCCCCCUUAACAUUUGUCCAGUUCAGUAUUAUUCACAAAGUGCUUUUGUUCAAAACAUAAGAGUUCAAAACAUAACAUUCUUCAUUUUUAUUUAUUUUUUUCAUUACUGUGAUGUGAUUUGUCAACAAAGCACCCAGAAGUCAGACUAUCGAGGGGGGGAAAAAUGACUUUGAGUGUGUGUGUGUGUGCGCGCGCAUAGUUUUUUUCACGAGUGUGUCGAUGCAUGAAUUGAACACAUUCAGAAUAGACUGUUGAUGUUUCCAAAGUAGUAAAUAGUAUUUUUAAAAUCUCCAAAUGAACCUUGUACAAGUGUCAUAAAUGUUUACAAUGACCUACCUAUGUUUUGUGCGGGGGUCUCAGAUUAAAUUAAAUAUGCGAGGUAAAUCUUCGCAGAAGUGUUUAUCAAUACUAACAAGAUCUAUGUGUGCCAUUAAAUAAAAUAUAUAGAGCUGUCAAAGACAAAGGGACGAUUUCUUCUUUUGAAUAUAUAUGUACACUAUAGUAUUUAUGUGUAUUGGUCUCGGAGUUGAGAAAAUCUAUAUUUACACUAACAAGUGUAUUAAUUCUCUUUUGUGCAGUAUUCCACGAACCUAUUGUAAUGGACUGGGUAAUGUGGUUGAGGUCAAGACAUAUGAUGCACCUUUUCCCCAAAUUAAAGCUGUCCCUGGUGUCUUAA